GACGAUCGUUAAAUACCAAAAAUUCACAGAAGAAAUUUUCACCAUAAAAAUACAUUUCUCUAUAGACAAGUGUCAUUUUUUCUACAAAUUUUGGUCUCUACGCACUCCUCGGAACAUUAUCAUAUGAGUUUUGCUAUAGGAAAAAAAUUUUCAAAUAAAUUCCUUAAAAAUUUGGAAAAAAACUAUCGUUCUAUUUCUAACGACGAGGAUAUAUAUCUCACCUACUCGUCUUCCAACAAAAACAAAUUCAAUAUGACCUCUAGUCAACCUGCAGCGCCUUCUCAAACUGCUAACAACACUUCAACAGACACAACUAUGGAAGAAGCAACGACUUCUUCUCCUACUCAUGCUCUUUCGCACAGCGAAAUUGAACUUACAUCACGUGACUCACAUGAACAAGAUGUUCACACACAAACACCAAUCACUGACAAAUUGACUAAUAUGGAUGUAGAUCCCAUAGAUACUAACACGGAUAAAGGAAAAUCACCGGAAACACAAUCAGCCACACAAACAAACACCCCUAAUCCGUUACAUAUUACGGUGCUAACAGAUAUAUUUACACAUACACCACAAGUUUCAAACAAAGUUCACAAAGGAUUUAUUCCUAGAGAUAGUUUUCAGUCAAAACUUUCUAACAACGAUAUUAUCAAUCUAAUCAAAACGUCAUUCAUUAAAGAUAGCAAUGCUUUUAGAUUUGACGUCAAUACAACGUCCACUUAUAGAUACUUUACCAUCCAUUUCAGAACACGUGACUCGCUCGACCAAUACAUAGCAAAUAGUCCUGACAACCUCAAAAACAUAAAAAUUUACGAACUCACCAAUGAGGCUAUUAAUACGUUAAUAGAACAAAAAUUCUCCAACCUAGACCAGGCUGUUAUAAAAAUUAUGGAUAUACCAUAUAAUUAUGAUACCUCCAUGCUUAUUAAGCAUCUCGCUGCAAAAACAGGCAGCAAUAUCAUAGAACACAAAGAAAUUAAAAAACCUCCAAGAAAAAUUCCUAACCGCAAUAACCGCGGUCGUCCUAUUUUCAUAAAACCAGCUUAUAAGCAACUUAUUGUCCAAUUUGACAAACAAGCAGCAUAUGAUUAUUUCAUGAAAGAAAACUAUUGGAGCCUCGAAAUAGAAAAUUUCGUAGUAAGGAUCUUACCUGGUAACACUGAAGACCCUGAAUAUAAAAUACGCACCAGUAAUUAUUUUAAGAUCACCGGACUUCCCCUUAACACCACAGCCAAGGACAUUGAACCUCUUAUCAAACACGUCUACGGACGAACUUGUACAUUUACACAAACUACCAAAUAUUCAACCAUGAAAAAUGCUUAUAUUUACGUCUCACCUAACAAUUAUCCAGUGGACGCGUCCAAUGGAGCCUCCUCACUUUUCGAAGGAUACAACCUCCACGUUCUACCAGGACACCUUUCACUAAAAACAUGUAAUAUUUGUGGUUCACCACUUCAUGAGACAAUUAACUGUGACGACAAAAACUUCGAUACAGAUCAUAAUAAUCGGAAAAUCUUCAAAAAACGAUUUAUUAAACGUAACGAGGAAAAAAUUACAAUCAACGAUAACCACAGAACCAGGUUUAAUCACGUCAUCACUUUAAACGCAAACAAAAGAUCUCCCUCAAUGUCACACGACCCGAAAACCAACCAUACACCACCGCAUAACUACAAUAACAAGAAAUACCAACAAGCAGGUAGCUUAUUAUAUCCAAGACAAACCAAACAACCAACCAAUAACCAUAACAAUUACGACAAAAGUAACAAGGAUUUCAAAUAUGAUAAUUCCUUUAUCGCCCCCCACCUAGACAAUCCCCAAAGGUCAGACACCAAUCGUUAUGAACAACGAAUUACACAAUUGGAAUGCCAAGUUGAAUCCCUCUUAAAUAGUGUUAAAACACUCCAAGAAGGAAAAUCUAAAGUCGAUAAUACUAUCGCCGAUAUCCAUCACAAUCAUAAUUUAAUGAGUUCUUCACUCAAUGACAUCACAAUCAGACUUGACAAAUACGACACAAUUCUACAACAGCUCUCGACUAAUAUUAGUCUACUUAGUCAAGAAAAGAUUACACAACAUAGAGAACGUAAUGCCAAACCACCAAAACGACCGGCACCAUACGAGCAAACUUCGUAUAAGGCAACUAAAAAUAGAUAUAACCUAAGAGGCAAUAAACAGGGAAACAUAUCAGCGGAAGACAGCGAACAACAUCAUUUGGCAACUGAUGACGAUACCGAUGCCCCUGACGACGCCGCGAUGUCAGACGGUGCCGUCUUCGAAGGAAUCAUUGACGAAGUGUCAAAUGCUUCAUCAUCUGAGCCUAAAUUUUCAGUUAAAUCCUACAAUCCCCUCAACCUCCUCCCGCAGUUUAAUGCGACACGUUAAUAUACGUGUUUACCAUUAAAUCAAAUAUAUCCCCCUUUUAUUUUGGACAUACUUUUUGGAUUUUCCCAUUUUGAUUUUAACGGUUUAUUAUUCUUUUUUAUACACAUUGUUUCUUUUUAUAUACUUUUUUUUAUGGAAUACACCAAUUUACAACCCCCGGCUGACCUCGAAAAUCAGCCUUCAGAACCAGUUCUACAAUAUUCUUAUA